UGCUUGCACGGCACGGCAUGCACGUUCAAUUUUUUCUUGAAUGAACGAAAUUUGGUAGUUUUUCAACAGUCUCGCUUUUGUAACAAAAUCAGAUAAGUCUAAAAGUUUCUCUUGGUACGAGGUAAGAUGGCCAAAUCGAAAAAGGACAAACAGCUGAAAGCAUACGGCACUCAAAAACAGCAACAAUCUUCAAAUGGCAAGGGACAGGCAUCGUCGUCGUCGUCGUCCUCGCAUAUCUGGAACGAUGCCCGUUUCGCGCACCUGGUCAACGAUCCCCGCUUCAAGGGUAUUCCGAAGGCGGAGAAAAAGGUCACUAUCGACAAACGCUUCCAGUCGAUGUUCAACGAUGAGCGGUUCAAUGUGAAGCACACGAUCGACAAGUAUGGUCGGAAGGUGAAACAAGGUGGCAGCGAGGAGUUGCGGAAGUAUUAUCAGGUGGAAUCGAGUGAGGAAGGGUCCUCAACUGGUGAGGAAGAGGUUGAAGAGAAGAAGGUUAAACCUAAGCCUAAGAAACAGGUUGAGAAGAAACCUGCCGUUGCGGAAAAGAGUGAUGAAUCUUCCGGUGAAGAUGAAUCAGAUUCGGAUUCCGAUUCCUUGGAGCUGGACGAGGAAGAAAAGGCAUUUGCCAUGUCGGAUCAAGUCAAAAAUCGUCUAAAGGAUAUGGAGGUGGAUUAUGCCCGUGGGGAGGCCGCUAUAGCGUCGGACAGUUCCUCGGAUGAUGAUGAAGAUUCGGCGGGUGAAGGUGAGGGUGACGAUGAUGAGGUGUUCAUAGAACAUGUUUGGGGUGAGUUGGAUGCGGAUGCUGAAACUACGGACGAGUCCACGGCACGAUUAGCUAUUUGCAAUCUAGAUUGGGAUCGUAUCAGGGCCGUUGAUAUUAUGGUUAUGCUGAGCUCGUUUUUACCAAGAGGUUCCACAAUUUUAAGCGUCACAAUAUAUCCAUCGGAAUUUGGCAAAGAGAGGAUGCGCGAAGAAGAGGAACGGGGACCCCAGGAGCUGACUGGACGGGAUCAGGCAAUCGAUGCACAUUCGGACAGUGAAGAACCGAAAACGGAAGAAGAGCUAAAGGAGGCCCAAAUGGAAAAGUUGCGAGAGUACCAGCUCAAUCGUCUAAAGUACUACUACGCGGUGGUCCAAUGUGAUCGAGUCGAAACGGCCGAUAAAUUGUACAAAGAAUGCGAUGGAGUCGAGUAUGAGAGUACGGCCAACAAAUUGGAUCUGCGUUUCAUUCCAGACGAUAUGGAGUUCGAAGAUGAACCUAAAGAUCGCUGCAUUGAGCUUCCUGAGAUAGGGAAAUACGAACCAAGAGUUUUUACCACGACAGCACUGAAUCAGGCCAAGGUUGAGCUCACUUGGGAUGAGAACGAUGUGGAGCGAAAAGAGUUCAAUGAAAAAAUUCGUACCGGUAAGCUCAGUGAACUGACGGACAUAGAUUUGAAACGAUACGUCGCUUGUAGCAGUAGCGAAGGUGAAGGUGAAGACGAGGAAAGGGAAAUCGCUGAGCCAAGUUCGGAAGAGGAAAAUUCGACAGACGAAGAAGAUGAACCGGAAAGCCAAAAGCUCAGUAAGAAAUCUAAGAAAGAGGACAUGAUUUCAAAGUACAGAGCCCUCCUAGGAGAAAUCAAGGAGCAAGAGGAGCAGGAUAAAACCGAUAAAGUUGAAAUGGAGUUCAGUUGGAAGGUAAACGGUAAAGAGACCGAGGAAGCUAGCGAAAAUGAUUCCGAAUCGGAUUCAGGCAAAAAGAAAGCCGAUAAUGCGAAUCCGUUCGAAAAAAUCCUGGAGAAAGCUAAAGAGAAAAAAAAGCGUCGGAAGGAGCUGAAGAAGAAAAAGAAACGAGGUGAGCUGGACGGCGACAAAGAUCAGGAAGGAAGUGACUCCGAAGACGAUUUACCGUACGGUGUGGACCUGAACGACCCCUACUUCGCCAGUGCCUUCGAUGAAAAAGAGUUUGACCUCAAAAAGUCGAAAAAGAAAGAUAAGAAAAACAAAAGCAAGGAUGAGGACGAAGAAGACGAAGAGGAAGCGGCUAGAAAACGUGCAGAACUUGAACUGAUCUUAGACGAUGCCGAUGACGAUAAAAGUCACUUCAACCUAAAACAAAUCCUAGAAAACGAAAUCGACCUAAAGUCAGUCUCCAAAUCAAAAAGAAAGCGAAUCCUCAAAAAAACUAAAAAACAGAUCGAAGAACAGAAGCAGCAGAAAUCAGCAAUCCAGGGUGGUGAUGAUUUUCAGCUUGACGUUGACGAUAGUCGAUUCAAUGCUGUGUUUGAAAAACCGGAGUUCAACAUCGAUCCAACGAAUCCGGCCUUCAAGAAGACGAAGGGAAUGGAGAAGUUGAUCGAAGAGAAGCUGAAAAAGCGACCCCUAACGAAGGAAGAUCUUCCGAUCGAAUCGUCGGUUGGGCAGCAGGAGGCGAAGAAAGCGAAACGCGAUGUCAGCACCAGUCUUUUGGUUAAAAGUAUCAAAAGGAAGAUAGGAAAGUAGGUGCGCGGUUGUGCUGAGCGGAAAAGUUCAUUUUAAUAAAUAAGUUGAA